AUUUGCAUUCCAGCUGUAGUAGUAAAAACUUCGCUUGACGCCACAUUCUACUUGGAUUCAUUUAGGAAAUGAUUGAAAUUGUCAGCAAGCACAGAAUUCUCACUGAAAUCUGAUCACUCUAGCAAAUCGAGAAGUGGUAUUUUAAAUUCUCUUUCACGAUGAAAUGACCAGGAAACAAUUUUAACUUGUAUUAUCAACUAACAUAGAGCUCCAGUUAAUUCUCGAGCUACUUGAAAAGUUUUCAGAAUUUGAUGGACGAUGAAUUUUAUUUAUAAACAGACGAUAAAUUCUUUUAAAAAAAUAGUAUUUUCUGUCAGCACGGAGCUAAAAUUAAAAUUUGACUAUUCUAGUUAAUCUGAAAGUGGUCAAAAUGUCGAUGGACGAUAAAUCCCCUUUGGCGAUACAUUCUACUUGUAGCGAUACCGAAUAUCAAGCAAAGAGCUAAAGUAGAAAUUGGAGUGCUCUAGCUAGUCAGAAAGUCAUCAAAAUUUUAAUUACAAACUUCCAUCGUCAUAAGUGGGUGAUUAUAAAAACGAGGUAAAAGUUUAAUGUCAACUGUUUUUUUCGAAGUAAGAAAUAGAGAAUUGCAGGGUGGAGAAUUUUUCUCAUUCCACACAGUUAAAAUGAAGAAAACACAAAGAAUAAAUUCUCCAGAAAAAAAAAAGAAACAUAACUCAAACAAAAAAAAUUUUGCGAGGAUCGAUGAAUAGUUAAUACAUCUCGCCAAAGGUUUCUUUUUAUUUCUUAGAAUGAUUUAUACGCAUUUGUGUUUAAUAUCUUUUCUUAAAUAAAAUUUUAAGCUACGGAAAAGUUAUCUGUUAAUACUUUGGAUAGGUGAUAGGUCGCGAAGGCAGACUUCUGAAAUAUGUAUCAAUUUUAUGGAUGUCUUUUUUUUUCUUCCCAACCCUUUUAUGAAACGUAACAAAUGAAAGUAAGAAUAGACCUCACGCAAUCAUUUUCGCUAAGAACAUGGGAUAAUAAUUAUUGACUGCAAAGAAAGAAAAAAAGAAGACGUUUCAUUGUAUCGUUGCCAUGGUUGUAUUUUGUGUUGGGAUGAGAAGAACUUCUUCGCCUCUCCAUUCUUUGGAAUAUCUCUUAUCUCGUGAAAAUGGCUAACUUCUUCGACGAUCUUUUGAAUGAAUAUGAAAAUAUUGCGGAGGAGAAAGUAGCUUUGGAUUGCCUGCAUCUCUUUGAUCGCGACGGCGACGAUUGCCUGAGCCUGAGAGAGCUGUGUUCGCUCAUGAGAGAACUUUUUGUGGACGGUGAUGGAAAAUCUUACGAGUUAGCUGUUCGCAUGUGCGCCGAGAUGUUCUAUGUAUUCGACACUGAUCGAGAUGGAAUCAUAUGCCGCGAAGAAUUCUUGUCAAUGUGGCCUUCGUUCGUUCUUCCAAUUCUGCAACCAAAGAGUGCCCUCAUAAUUAUCGACGUGCAGAACGAUUUUAUAGAUGGUUCUUUGGCCAUCCGCAACUGCCCAGCGGGGCAAGAAGGAAAAGAAGUAGUCCCAGUCAUUAACGAACUCCUCGAGAACGUACCGUUCAACUACGUUUUCUACACUUAUGACUGGCAUCCGGAAGAUCACGUUUCGUUCGUGGACAACGUUCACUUAAGAAAAUUCCAUAAAAGUUGCAGCAUCUCGGCAGACGAGGCAAAAAUAUUCGAUACCGUGACAUUCAGCGGGCCACCGAAGAUUGAGCAGAAAUUAUGGCCCAAACAUUGCGUCCAAGAGUCGUGGGGAGCGGAACUGCAUCCGGAGUUGACAAUUGCCGAAAAUGCCAUUUUCAUUUACAAAGGAACCUGUCCAGAUAUAGACAGUUACUCGGCUUUUUGGGACAACCAGAAACUAUCGCAGACUAAUUUAUCGGAAGAGCUCAGUUCCCGCGGAGUGACCGACGUCUACCUUUGUGGAUUGGCGACAGAAUAUUGUGUUCGAUAUACAUCGUUGCAUUCCUUAGAACACGGUUACAGAACCAUCUUGAUAGAAGAUGCCUGCAGGGGUGUUGCCCUCGAAGACAUACAAAGCAUGAAGGAGGAACUGGUAGUCAAUCAUGGCGUUAUCGUCAACUCUGACAAAGUAAGAAACAUGGUGAUCGGUAGAGAUCGUAGACUUGAUCUAGGUUACAGAACGGCCAUGUCUGCUUCCCCCCACUGAUUUUUCAUUCAGAUAAGUUUCAUAUAUUUUCAGUAUUGCUUGUUCACUUCAUAUACACACUGAAAAGACUCUUGAUCAAAUAAUCGGAUUUUUCAUGGCCUAAGGAUGUCACCUAACUAAUCAACUUGGUUGUGUUUAAGUCACAAAAUUAGAUGCAAUUCUGAAUAAGCAAUUUAGAUGGAUAAAUUUUAAUGCUUGACAAGAAGGCUGCUGUAAUUUCAAAGGUACGGUUCCUGAAAGAUUACCCUGGACACCUUUAACAAGCUUAAUUAUUUGUGUAUUUCGCCAUAUUUUUGGUAUAAAUUUUAAGAAUAAGUAUC